UACGUCUACUCAAAACGGCCAUUUCUUUUUUCCAGAAAGUCAAUUCAGGCAUCUCUAUACCUUCCCGAAGAACAAAUUAUGAAUCGGAGUCGAGGAAGAGGACGUGGUGGGUAUCAAUUCAACCGAUUAAGACCGCGGGGUCAGUUCCAGAACGGAGUUUGGCAUUGCGACUGCGACCCUCGACUCCCCGCUGAAUACUUCCGAGUCCGCAAAGAAGGCCGCAACCAAGGCCGCUGGUUCUACACCUGCCAGCAGCCUGAAGGCGAGCGCUGCGGCUUCUUUCUAUGGGAGACCGAUGCGAAGCCUCGCGAGGCGCCCGCCAUCCUAGGCGAUUCACGAGAGCCGGCACCUGCUGCACCCAGCCCGCCGCGAGGGGAGACAAUGCGAAGUCCGCCACCCCCGUACCAGCCGGUGGAGCAAACCGGACCGGGUGUGGAAUCGGAACAUCCGGAGACCAACGAGCACUCGACCCCGUCGGUCUUCCGAUCGAAUGGAGAGGGUUCGAAUUGGAGACCGGAUCAGCGGGAUGAUGAUCGCCAUGCGGACGCCCGGAGCUAUUCACGAUCGAGGAAUGAGCGCGACGACACGACUUCUACGCAUCAUCAUAGUCCAUACGAGACCCCAACUGGAAAGCGCAAGUGGGAUGCCUACACGCGUGAUGAGGCUGGAGGUAAUGGAAUAGGACUAGAAACCCCCAUCACCGGCACCACUGGCGGUCGAUUUCGAGACGCAGAGGCCUCCUCAAGCCCAUCGAAACGCCUUUUUGUACCCGAUUCCUUUGACCUCGAAGAUGAUCUAUUCCCGCCCACCCCUAGCCCCGUCCGGACCCGAGGCGCAUCAGCCACCGCAAUUUCGGGUUCGGUGCACACCACGCCUUCGAAGCACGCCCAUCCUAGUAUCAUCGGAGAGCUGGACGGCAUCGUCAAAGACCUGUUCCACACCUUCCAAGAGAUCAACGCAGCACGAUAUGACGGCCCAAACUCGCCAUCUGCGGAACGAGUGAAGCGAUCCCUGAUGCCGUGGGCCAUGCGGAUGGAGGGGGUGAUCCGAGGUCGGGAGGUGUCUCGGCUAGCCGUGAAGGCGAAGGAUGCGAAGAUCGUGGAACUGUCGCAUCGGAUCACGACGCUCGAGGCGGAGCUGGAGACGGAGAAGGCGAUUGUGCAGCAGUUGAAGUGGGAAAGGGAUGCGUUGGAUUCUCAGCAGCAUUGAUAUUAGCGAAGCGAGUUUGGAUAUGGAAGCGAGAUACCCCUCGUGCCCCUCUUGCGUUGGUCACGAAUUGAUGAUCUAGUUUAGUGAAUGAUUACGACACAUUUCGAAUUUGGUUCGAGAGUUGGGUUACAAAUUGUUCGAAGAGAAGUGUCGCGCCAUCAUAGGUAGAUGUUAGGAUGCGAGUCCGGGUUGCUCGAGUACUGGAAGAACCGCCACUAGCAGUAGCACCUGUCACAUGUGAG